AUGACUGCUGCUACUGCCAACGGUAACCAUGCCAUCGAGGAUCCAGUUGUUGUGAAGACGCAAGCUGUAUCUCCUCCAGUCGAUGAGUCUACUCUUUUCGAAGAGCUUUAUCAAAUGAAGUGUUUUCGCACUGGAGAGUUCUAUCUAAAGUCGGGACAAAUGACCCCUAUCUACAUCGACUUGCGCCGUAUUAUGAGCUCACCACGUGUUCUUCGAAUGGCUGCCCAAGCUAUGUGUGAUAAAGUUGUUGCAAAAAAUAUCAAGUUCGAUUAUAUCGUCGGAGUUCCAUACGCUGCUCUUCCCCUAGCGACGCUCGUUUCUGAUAUUCUCAAUGUACCUAUGCUAAUGAAAAGAAAAGAAGCUAAGGCUUACGGAACGAAACAACUCAUUGAGGGAGUUUAUCAACCAGGUGGCACUGUACUCCUUGUUGAAGACGUUGUAACAUCUGGAGAAUCCAUUCGUGAGACCGCGGAAGCUAUUCGAAAAGAAAAUCUGAAAGUCAUGGACGCUAUCGCUGUUUUGGAUAGACAGCAGGGUGCGACUGCUAAUCUGGCAGAGGACGAUUUGAAUUUCCUCAGUUUUUUGACGAUGGAAGGAAUUCUUGACGGCCUCAUCACAAAAAAUGAGAUGACUGAAGACCGGAAGCAACAAAUCAUCGAGCAUCUUGCCAAACCAUUCUAA